AUGCCACCGCAACCAGAUGUAAAUGUUCAAGUCGUGCAGCAUGUUCAAAGUGCACAAAAUAUCAAAUUGUUUGCUAACAGAUACGGUGAUUGCUUUGAAUGUGGUAUUGCGCGUAUCGGUUCGGGGUGGUGCAAAAUUUGUGAAAUAAAGGCAUUGGUAAAUAACUUUUGUAAUUGGACGAGCGGAAAUGAAUAUCUCGAUUAUGUAAUUCGAACAACCCAAGAAAGUGCAACAGAAAGUGUUGAUUUUCUCGAAUGGAUUCCUUGGGAACGGUUUAUUCUUACAGAGUACUUGGGAAAGGGUGCGUUUAGUACUGUUUAUAGCUCAUAUUGGCUCGAAGGGCCAAGAUGGAUUUGGGAUGAAGAAGGUGAAAGUUGGUUAAGAAAUGGUCCUAUCAAAGUCGCUAUAAAAAGAAUAGACAAUUCUCAUAAUAUCACCAACAAGUAUUUGGAUGAGAUUCUGAGGUAUCAUAAAUGCAUUCAAAACGGCUCUGUAGCAGAUUGCUUUGGAAUGACACGAGAUACAACAGGUUGUUACGCGUUCAUAAUGAGGUUCUAUGAGAAUGGAAAUCUUUAUGAAUACCUUGACCAUUCUAUGGGAGUUCUUUGUUGGAGAGAUAUCGUUGAUAUGUUGUGGGGGAUAUCCGGUGGUUUACAUCAAAUUCACAAGGAGAACCUUUGUCAUGGAAAUCUUCACGGUGGAAACCUAUUAGUAGAAAAUGAACCAGAAUCUAUUGAUACAAGGAUUGCCGAUGUGGGUCUCCACAGUCCUGCUGAUGAAUUAUAUGAGACAUUAGGAGAUUGGGUCACAGCGAUAUGUGAUAAUCCGGAUCCGUCACCGCUGUCUGAUCAAUUUGACGCGGCCGAAGAAAAGAAAUUUGCAGACUUUGAAACAAAGGCAUUCCUUCAACCGAAAACUCAUCCUCAAGCAAAAUAUACCAGCCAACCAAUAUAUUUUCCCGAAUUACUGGAUUGA